GCGCACUCGCUUUACAAACAUUACGGUAGCCUGGAGAGCGAAAUAAAUUCUCCGGAGGCUGAACAACACACAUCUUUGUAAGAUGCGUGACACGCUGAGCAAUGGGAUUUAUGCACGUACAUGUAGAAAGUAAGAACUGCGGCAAGGAAAUAAAGGUGUACGAUCGGAUGCACCGUUUUACAUUAUAAUUGAUCGCCGGGGACAGUAUUUUUAAUGCGCCGGUUCCCUGUUUAAGGAAAUCCUGUUUUGAUUGUUUUUGAAGUGGGUCUGCACAAUACGUUUGGAGGAUCCGGUUAUUAAAUAUAAAACCCGAUGGUGUGAGAUUUUUCGCCGGUUUUUAUGGUUUGAGAGCUUUUUCCAUGCGUUGAUGGUGGCGCUUGCAUUGUGCGGUGUCGGAGGCUGCGUGUGCGGUCGGCGACCAGCUGGACUCCGUCUGAUGCGGUCGGCGUCUUAUUUCUAAAGCCGGAGACCCCCGGCCCCCUUUUAUUUUAAAUAAACGCAACGUGUUUGACCGACAAGAGCCUUGUUACGUUUUUUAAAAAAAGGACAAGGAGGAAUAAAACCCAUCAAAAGCCAAAGAAGGAAAAAAUGACUAUGUCUGUCCCGGAGAGAAACUCGGGGUCUGGGGGAAAAGAGGAGGAGAGCGAAGAUGAGAGCGAAAUCCUGGAGGAGAGCCCCUGUGGUCGAUGGCAGAAGCGAAAGGAGCAGGUCAGUCAGGGCAAUGUGCCUGGCAUCGAGAGUGCUUCCCUGGCCAUGGACACGGAAGAGGGCGUUGAGGUGGUAUGGAACGAAGUGCUCUUUUCAGACCGGAAGGUCUUCAAAGCCCUGGAGGAUAAGAUCAAGGAGAUGUUUGAGAAUCUGAUGCAAGUUGAGCACCCCAACAUUGUCAAAUUCCACAAGUACUGGCUGGACAUGAGGGAAAAUCAAGCAAGGCUGGUGUUCAUCACAGAGUACAUGUCUUCAGGGAGCCUGAAGCAGUUUCUGAAGAAGACCAAGAAGAACCACAAGACUAUGAAUGUGAAGGCUUGGAAGCGGUGGUGCACGCAAAUCCUCUCUGCACUCAGUUACCUGCAUUCCUGUGACCCACCCAUCAUCCAUGGAAACCUGACCUGCGAUACCAUUUUUAUCCAGCACAAUGGACUGAUCAAGAUCGGCUCAGUGUGGCACAGACUCUUUGUCAAUGUGUUCCCAGAGGCCAGUGUUCACGGCAAAGUGCGCCACCACCGUGACGAACAGAGGAACUUGCACUUCUUCUCCCCAGAAUAUGGCUCUGGUGAGGACGACUAUGCCAUCGACAUCUACUCUUUCGGGAUUUGCGCCCUGGAGAUGGCUGUGUUGGAAAUCCAGGCCAAUGGGGAUUCGGUUGUGUCGAAGGAAGCCAUAACCAACGCAGGGCAGUCUCUAGAGGAUCCACUCAUGAGGGAAUUUACCCAGUCGUGUGUGCGUCAUGAGGCAAAGUUGAGACCCACGGCACACGACCUCUUGUUCCACCGUGUGCUGUUUGAGGUCCACUCCCUGAAGCUACUGGCUGCCCACUGCUUAAUCAACAACCAGUAUCUCCUCCCUGAAAACUGUGUGGAGGAAAAAACAAAAUCCUUUGAUCCUAAUGCCAUCAUGGCUGAGAUUGAGCACAAAGACCGGCCAGGAGUACAGCUCAAAUACUCCCACGUCUCCCCGCUUGAACUGGACAAAUUUCUUGAAGACGUCAAGAAUGGCAUAUACCCCCUGAUGAACUUCGCCUCUGCACGCCCCCACCCUAUUCCUCGCACCCUAUCCAUGUCCCAGGAGAAUAUGGAGACGGUGAAGACCCCAACCCCUGAGCCACAGGAAAUAGAGACCAGGAAGGUUAUUCAGAUGCAGUGUAACCUGGAGUCCAAUGAGGAAGGGACCAAAACCCAUCUGUCUUUGUUCCUGAAGAUGGACGACAAGCUGCAUCGACAGCUGAGCUGCGACAUUCUGCCCGGUGAUAACUCAAAGGACCUGGCUAAUGAGCUGGUUCACUAUGCCUUCAUCAGUGAGGAGGACUGCGAUAGGCUGGCUGGUUUCCUGGACGACGCGCUGUCCAAACACCGACCUGGGGUGGCAGGCUGCUCUGGUGGGACAGCAACGACAGCGAUGUACUAACAGGGGAGAAGAGGACAGAGGAGGACUCAAGCAGGGGCGUGGCAGUGGCCAAUGCGGGCUGGCGCGCAGGGGCCACGUAGGGGAUGGGUGCGUGGACUAGAAAAUGGGAGGGACCUCAGCGGCGUGAUGCGGGGGGGGGGGGGCAUGUGGCAGUUGUUACCAGCAGAACGGGCCUGCACUGAGAGGACGAGGGCUGAACCCUUCACUUUAAGAUCCUUCAUUCCAAAUGGCUGCUUGUCGGAGGGCUCCAACCAAAGCCUGUUCUGGCGUCAGUAGGGAAUCAGUUUCAAACCCUCACAGUCCUGUUUCUAAGUUCUCUGCCUGCCCUGUGGUUUUAUUCCAACACCAUCUCACCCUGUCUUCUGUUUGUGCGCCGAGAGAUAAAGCACAAAGCUUUUCUCCCGGGGCAGCUGGGGUGAUCCGGUGCCACCCACCCGUGACUGAGGAGGACCUUUUCAAAAAUCCCAGUUAUCUGUUGAUUAUUUGAUUUUUGGGGGCCCGUAUGGUACCGUGAGCUCCCCAGGUUUAGCUGACGUCCCAGUUGAUUGAUGGGGAGCUCUUUCAUGAGCAGAUGGUCCGCAGUUAUCUCCUGGCCACUGCCGGAGCGGCGGACACUUCCGGAAAGCUGAGGACAUAAUCUGCAUAUUAUCCUACUCAGUUAGUGAAGUGAAGGUUUUGCUCCAAGCCAUCGUUUGAGUUAGGCUUGAGUGCCUUUGUAUGUGCUGACAGCGGUCCAGCAUGUACGAUGUUGUAGUUCCUUGCUUGUUGUUAUUUUAUUCUUUGGCCCCGAUGUUCAAACACAUCUGAAACCCCUGUAUUAUUGAUGAUAAGGGGGCACAAAGGCCUUAGUAACAAUACAAAAAGGAAAUUCUAUCAGGACCAGCCACUUAGUAACCUUAUGCAGUUGUGACCAGAACUCUUGAGUUUGCAAUUUAUAACUGAAAUAUCCUUCAUAUUGGGUUGCUGUGAAAGAGGAUGCCUCCCAGCCUCUAAACUCACAAACUAUCCUGAUCCAGUAGGCAUUCAGAGAAAAUAAUGUCUAAAAUGGGCCUCUCUUGUUUUUAGGAUUUGUUUUUUGUAUCUAGGGAAAGCAAUAUGGUAAAAGUGCACCGUUUAGGUGUAACAGACUUGUCAUUUUGAUGCCUUUAAGCUGGAAAUACUGUUUCGCUGUCAAAGAUCCUUUGGCCCUCAAAACCGCGUGAAACAUUUAAACACCAACAAUGACGUAUAUGGAAAAAAACAAUUUUCGAAAGAGCACUCCAUACCUGUUGACUGAUGUAUUGGCGCAAUGAUGUGAAAGGGAGGGGCAGACAGUGGUGUCCCACUGUAACUGGUUCAAGAAGAAUUACAUUUUUUGCACAAUUUGCAUCUAAUGGAUCUGCUUCUCGGAAUAUACGUCUAUGUUAGUUUUAGAGCAUUUUAUAUGUAAUGUAAUUAUAUAAUGCACAGUGCAAGUUGCUUGAGAUAACAUUGUCUACUGUUGUCUACAGCUAUAUAAUAUAUACUUGGUUUAGUACUCUGUGUAGUAUAUAUAAUUAAUAUCAUCCAGCAGAUGGCUGUUAUCUAAGGUUGCUUACAUUUAGCCUUUUUUUUAGAUUGCUCCUCCUGGCCUAAUUGGAUUGUUACAUGUGCGAUGCCAUAAAAACGAGUGUGAUAGACCUACAAUCAGUUUGUCAUUGAGAAAUAUACUGAUGAUCUAAUGUUAAAGAAACUCAUCCUAUCCAAUAUGCCCGUUCCACGUUUAUUUCCUUAAGUGGACUGGUGAUACAGUUGUCAUUCUAAAAAUUUAUUAUAGCAUCGGUGAUGAUGAAUAAACAGAUGAAAAUAGGGAUUAAUUGAUAACUGUCCGUCAAAUGUCCAGGUUAACCACAUAGUGGAAUGAUAUCCAGUGUAUGAAAGCCUUAAAAGAGAAUAGUUUAGUGUAUCGGAAGUUUGUAUUAGAACUCGGCUAAAAUUGCUAGGUUUAUAUGGCACAUGUAGGGCAGACAUAAAAUAGUAAUACUCUUAAAUUCACACCAUCCCUGUGCAAUACCAGGAACUGAAUUUGAAUGUGAGUUUAGGGUGGAAUUUGAGUUUGAUGAUUAGAAAGACAGUAAUUUGUGAGAAGCAGGAGAGAUGUACAGAAAUGUAUUUUUCCAUGAUCAGUCUUCUGCAGUCUCCUCUUCUGUAUGCAGAGCAGGGACAUGGUGACCUUAUUGUUUAUGAAUGGCCGCUCUGUGUCUGUGUUCAAACUGAAGCUGCAUCCUUUCUACAUCGGCCAGUGCUAAAAAAGAUCCAUUGUCAUUUCCAGUAAUCUCUGCUGGAAACCUCUGAUCACUCUCUGGCUGUUUUACCAUGGUGUGCUAGGUGAGCAUGAGCACCCUGUCGCCGCUCUGAACCUUGUGCAUCUUCACCGAAACUCCAUGAGGACGACUGAGUGGGAUCAUCGCUGCUGUAGCUGCUUCACAAUUAAAUGAGUAAAUGGGCGGGCGGCCGUACGGACGAUGCCUGGGGAGCAGAAUGGAUGCGCAAAGUCUAAAGGAAAAUCCCUAUGUCCAUACCUCGCUUAACACCUCCAUCUGCUCUUCUUCCCUCUAUCCUGGAGCCUUUUCAUUGAGUGUGGCCUCCUUUUGUAAUUUCCAGGUUCCCCUUUUGUUUGAUUUUGUUCUCAUGUAAGAUACUGUACAAUAAUCACAGCAAUUAAAAUAAUAAAGCAGGAACAUGUCGACGAA